UUCCGGGCGAGGCGGUUGGCGCCGCUGCGGGAGCCGUUUGGCGUGGUGGUCACCCGGCUGGUCCUGGCGGCCUUCGAGGAAGACGAGGAGGGUUUGAGCAUGGCAGAAGGACACACCUUGAUAUCAGUGGAUUAUGAAAUUUUUGGGAAGGUGCAAGGGGUGUUUUUCCGUAAGUACACACAGGCUGAGGGUAAAAAGUUGGGAUUGGUAGGCUGGGUCCAGAACACUGACCGGGGCACGGUGCAAGGACAGUUGCAAGGUCCCACCUCCAAAGUGCGUCAUAUGCAGAAGUGGCUUGAGACGAGAGGAAGUCCCAAAUCGCACAUUGACAGAGCAAGCUUCAACAAUGAGAAAAUCAUCUUAAAGUUGGAUUACUCAGACUUCCAAAUUGUGAAAUAAUGGCCUUAAUUUAAAUUUUCCUAGAUACAUUCAGUGGUUUUGUUUAUUGUUAACAGAUAGAACUAUUCUGUGUUCAAUAUUAGAAUUUGUAAGUUAUUUUAGUAUCAGAUAUUUGAAUGUUAUUGUAUAUUACAUGUAUGAUGGAUUACAACCAUACACAUAAUUCUAACCAAUAAAAACAUAUUACAGCCUUCUGUUUAGGGUACUGUU